AUUGUGUGUGCCAAUCUCUGCUGUGUCACUGUGCUCUCUGCAGGUCCAGCAAAAAGAGCAGAGUAACCAUCCUAAGUACCAGGGGCACAGCAAGGGGCCACAUCCCAGAAUCUGGGGAAGAUCACACAGUGAAGUGAAAAGCACAACAGGCUGGCAACUGAGCGCAGCAGAAUCUUUCAGGGACCUGGAGAGACAUGGCAGGAGAAAACCAGCUACAGAACUCAUGCAAGAACAGUCAGGAGCAGGAUCCAACGGUACCCACACAGCACAUUCCCAAUGCCACCACUACAAACCAAGAAAGCCCCACCACAGAAAAAGUGACUCUAAAAAAAGAAAUUGGACUCAUCAGUGCAUGUGCCAUCAUUAUAGGCAAUAUUAUAGGCUCAGGAAUCUUCAUUUCCCCUAAAGGAGUCCUUGAACACACUGGAUCUGUAGGAUUGGCAUUGGUUAUCUGGGUUCUUGGUGGAGGAGUGGCAGCCCUUGGAUCAUUGUGUUAUGCUGAACUUGGAGUAACUAUCCCAAAAUCAGGAGGUGAUUAUUCAUAUGUCACUGAGAUUUUUGGUGGGUUAGCAGGAUUUCUCCUGCUCUGGAGUACAGUGCUCAUCAUGUAUCCAACAAGUCUGGCAGUUAUUACGCUGACUUUCUCCAACUAUGUCCUUCAGCCAGUGUUCCCUGAAUGUAUCCCUCCCUACGAUGCCUCCAGAGUCCUGUCUAUAGUCUGCUUGUUGCUGUUGACUUGGGUGAAUAGCUCAAGUGUUCGAUGGGCCACCCGUAUCCAAGAUAUAUUUACUGCUGGGAAACUCUUAGCUUUGGGACUCAUUAUUGUAGUCGGAUUCAUGCAGAUAUUUAAAGGAAACUAUGAAGAGCUCAAACCGAGCAAUGCGUUUAAUUUUUGGAUGAUUCCGACGGUGGGGCAGCUGGCACUUGCUUUUUUGCAAGCAUCUUUUGCAUUCAGUGGUUGGAACUUUCUUAACUAUGUCACAGAAGAGAUGGUUGAACCUAGAAGAAACCUACCUCGCGCCAUAUUCAUAUCCAUCCCCUUGGUGACAUUUGUGUACACAUUCACCAAUAUCGCAUACUUUACUGCUAUGUCGCCUCAAGAACUCAUGUCUUCAAAUGCUGUUGCAGUUACAUUUGGUGAAAAGCUACUGGGUUAUUUUUCCUGGAUCAUGCCAGUCUCAGUGGCGCUGUCCACUUUCGGAGGGAUAAAUGGAUACCUCUUUACCUCAUCAAGGUUAUGUUUCUCUGGAGCCAGAGAAGGUCAUUUACCCAGCCUGCUUGCUAUGAUCCAUUUUAAAUAUUGCACCCCAGUCCCAGCUCUUCUUGUUUGUUGCGGAGCAACUAUAAUUAUCAUGCUUGUUGGAGAUACGUACACCUUAAUAAAUUAUGUGUCCUUUAUUAACUACCUCUGCUACGGAGUGACAAUUAUGGGUCUAAUUGUGCUACGUCUGAAGAAGCCCAAAAUGUUCCGACCGAUUAAGGUCAAUCUGCUUAUUCCAAUCACCUAUAUGAUAUUUUGGGCCUUCCUCCUGAUUUUUAGCUUUUAUUCUGAGCCGGUAGUCUGUGGGGUUGGGCUCAUUAUUAUUUUAACAGGGGUGCCAGUCUUUUUCCUGGGAGUCUACUGGAAGAACAAACCAAAGUGUAUAGAUAGAUGUAUUGAAUACAUGACGUAUUGUGGACAAAAAGUGUGUUACGUUGUGUACCCUCAGCCUGCCGUUCCUGAAGAAGAAAUCAUGCCUCAGAAUGAAAACCAGGUCACCGACAAUGAGAAAUCCAUCAAAACGCAGUGAUCUGUGCAAAUGUCAGAAGUAACAUUUUGUUUACAUGCUGAUUUUCAAGAGGAGACAAAAAAAAAAAAGUGUACUUGAAACCCUAGAGAUCUAGUAAAGCACAGAGUGCAUCUAUUGCGGGAAUGUUCAAAGCUGUGUUAACAUAAAAGGCAGCAAUCAAUAUCUGUAUUGCAACUAAUUCUGAAUUUGCACCUAUGGGAACAUUGCAUUGAACUUCCCCUCCCCCAGCUAAAGUGACAUUUUUCUUCAAAUCCGUCAGGAUUACCUUUGCUUUGAUAGGAGAUUGCGGCAAAGAACGGCUGCCCUAUUACUAUACUGUUUUGAUUAACCUCUUCCCUAUCAGGGUAAGCACAAAGUGAUCUUGGCGAGGGCCCCCCCCCCCUGGCAGAAAUGAUUGUACAGCUAUAUAUAUUCUGAAAAAAUAUUGCUGGGAUGCCUUGUAUAAAUUUGAAUGUCCUUAUUUGAUGAUUAAAGCCUCAUUUUGAACCA